GAUUUUUUAACAAAAAUGGAACCAAACUCACGCAAGCUGACUGAGAAAGAUAUGAUAUAUAUAGAAUUUUAUAGAAAGUCUGCAAGUGGAUUUGUUUCUUCAGAUGGACCAAAAACAGAAGAAACAGGGAAUGGUGGAAGUGAUCUUAAAGUGGAGAAAAAUAAAGAUGCCAAGCUGCUGAUUGAAAAUGGAAAUGCUGUCAAAGAGGUUAAAAAAAGUCAAAAGCUGAUGAUUAACUUUCAGAAGUUUAUUUCCUGGCUUCGUAACUGUUUUGCUUCAAUCAACAAAAAUUGUCUCAAUUCAAUUUUGCAUGGAAUUUUGGCAUUUUUAACAGCCUCACUCUUUUUUGUCUUCUUUUUGCUAAUUUUGUCAGGUUUCUGGAUUGCUUUCACAACUAUAGUUUCUGAUCCAGAUUUGGGCAAAUCUGGGCCCGUUUUGGCACUUCUCUCAACAAUUUUUUUAUUAUCUUUUGUCCAUUUAUCUUUCCUAUUUUUGUAUAAAAUUAUACGCUCAUGCCGAAUAUUCUCGGCAAAAAAGGAUUUAAUCACUUCAAUUUUUAAUAAAUACUGUCUUUGCUGGAAUGUUAUAUUCUUUCUUAUAAUUUUCGUCUUUAUUUUGGUUCUAUUCUUUUUUAUUUUUGAAUAUAUUAUUUUUGGAAAUUUUAGUAAAAAUUAUUUUUUUACGAAUAGAUUUAUUACUGCAAUUCUUGCUUUACUUGGAUUACUUGCCUCUCUUAUAGGCUAUUUUUCUGUUUUGUAUUUGUUAUUAAAUAAAUGUCGUAAGUUUGGGCAUUAA